AGACUUGAUUAGACAAACGACUCUGUUAUCCCCCCUCCCUCCCAUUCGUCUAGUAAGCACACCCACAGUUCGCUUACGGAGUGAAGCUAAUGAAACACUUUUUAGGAAAGCAAAAGCAGUAUCCUGGAAUUUGUGCCGUUAAUUAUUCUUUCUAGGCUGUAAUUUUAUUGCUGUAGGUUUUUUUUUCUUAUUUAUUGUCUAUUAUCCUGUUAUUUUUUUUUUGGUUGUUUGUCUCGCCAAUAUUGGCCUGACCCCAAUUGAUUCAUUUGUCGUUUAUUGAAACAGGAGAAAGUUUCUGCUGAUCGUUCCUUAAACCUAACUCUCUUUUAUGAGCAUGUUCAAAACCAUAUCUCGUGCAUUUCGAUUUCAAAGUCGGCGUAGUUAUCAGACCUAUUACACUCCAAAAUAUGGAAGGUUCCUCCGAAUUCCCAUGGAUCAUGUUCCUCAAAGCCUUGGCAUUGCUACGGCCCGGGGCGACAAUCCAUGUAAUGAGGAUCGUCUCGCAUAUGGAUAUAUGAAUGGUAUAAAGCAAUGCAAUGGUGAACAUGACAGCCCGUUUUUUUAUGGAGUUUUUGAUGGACACGGUGGGUCUGAGUGCAGCCAAUACCUUGCUGAGAAUCUCGGACGGAUUUUAGAAGAAAACAACUUUGCGAAUGCGAAGGCUAUUUUACACGAAGCAAAAUCCAUAGGCGGUUAUGCCGAGAAACUGAAGAGCCCGUUUCCACUAAGCUUGUUACCGUAUCUACGUACUGAGUCGAGAGUUUGGCAAGCAAAACUGUACUACUCAUUUCUUGAUGCAGAUCUACGGUAUCUUCGUGCUAACAUGAGUCCUGAUUCAGAAAAGGCUAUACCUGGUUCAGUGGGUACAGUGGCCGUUAUCACAACACAGACCUCAAAACCGUACUGGGACAGCGAUGCAUACCAUAUUCAUUUAGCGCAUGUUGGUGACACAAGAGCCAUUCUGUGCGAUGCUCGCACCGGAAGAGCUCAUCGGUUAACCUUCCAACACAAUCUUUCCAAUCACGGUGAAGCGAAUCGGUUACAGAAGUAUAGUGUUAAUUUCUGCAUGGACUCGUUUGGUCAACGACGAUUUGCGUAUGUUGCGAAUACUCGAAGUUUUGGUGAAGGAUACAAGCUGAAGCGGCUUGGCGUUUCUUGUGAACCACAACUUACUUCGUUGUCUUGCUUACGUGAUGAUUGGGCUUUCCUAAUACUCGUAACAGAUGGCAUAACCGACGUAAUCACAGAUGCCGAAUUGACCGAUAUAGUUAAGCUUUCUUCAAAUCCACAAGAUGCAGCCCAAAACGUCCUGCGUUAUGCUCAAAGCAUUGGGUCAGUUGACGAUCUUAGCUGUCUUGUGAUUAGUCUGCCAGGUUGGGGGAGACGAACAAUUAAUGAUUUUACCAAUGACCUUCGUGAUACGAAGUCAUCUGCGCCUAUACGUCCUCAAUGAUUUAAAUGAAACGCUAGUAACGACCUUUCCGCUGUUGUAUUUGUUUAAUAAAAUAGCAUUGGAGUACAUGAUUUUGUGAUCAGAUCCUAGUGCUGACGAGGUAGCCAAAGUAUUGAUUUAAUUUAGCAGAGCUCUUCAAU